UCCAGUCGGACCCGUCAGUGGUGCUUUGACCUCUGCGAGCGUCGGACGUGCGGAGAAAAACACUCACGAUGUAUCUCGUAUCAAUAUAUUUGUUACUAGCGCUAUGUGGCAGCGCAAUAUCUCAUACUUACCACCUGGGAGCUUGCCCCGUUGUGGAGCCGAUGCCGGGAUUCGACAUGAAUCAGAUGUUGGGAGUGUGGUAUGUGAUCCAGAAGACGUCGACGGCUUCCCACUGCAUCACGUACAAUUUCACAAGAACAGACGAGCCUGGACGCUACGAGCUGGAACAGCUCUCGCAGCACUUCAUCCUGGGCUUGACUCCGUUAAAUCACGACUAUAGAUACACUGGUAUUCUGACAGUCCCCGAUCCUGCAGUGCCAGCACGAAUGAAAGUUAAUUUCCCAUUAAGUGUCGCUGGAUCCGCUAGUUAUACAAUCAUGGCCACAGAUUAUACAAACUACGCCGCUAUAUUCACGUGCCAGAAACUGGCGUUCGCCCACCGCCGAUCAGCAACCAUACUCUCCAGGCACAAGGAGUUGGAUAAAAUGUACGUGGAUAAGAUGCGAGCUAAGUUAUCGUCGUUUGGCGUGGACCCGUACGAUCUGUCGAUAAUAUCACAGACGGAAUGCCCAAAACAUCCCAACGGGACGAGCAACGGCGUUAACAUCAACAUAGAUCCCGAGACCUUCUCAUCACACAACAUAGGAGAAGCCGUCAGAAAAACCGGCACAGUCAUUGCUGACGGUGUGGAGUACGUGGUUGAUGCCGGGAAGAAGGUUUACAACAAGGUCACCAGCAGCAAGGAAGACCUUACAGAGAGUCCCGACAAGCCAGUCCGUUCCCUCAAAGAUGACGCAGAAUGGCUGCCUUAAAGGAAUUCAACAUCCUGUCUGUGCGACGGAAAAUGUAGAUCAAAUAUUUAAAGUUUUAAAUAUAUUACGAUUGUAUAUUUUAAUUAAGUCUCCUUACGUUUAAAGAUCUGGUAUCAAUAUACUCAUUGAUUUAAUA